CGACACGGCGGGAGGAAUUGCUGCGUGUGGUACUGCUCGUGGCUGUCAGCUUCAGUGAGGAGCCGAAAGCGGAGUGAAGCUGCUUGUUGGACGUUUCGCUGACAGUGUUGACUUCAGGUGGUUCACUCUUUUUGUCUCUUUCUAAUGGCAAAGACUACAGAACCAAGUCCUACCAUUCUUGAAAAUGGACAGCCAGAGGAGCAGAGAUUCACUUUCAGCCAACAUCCCACUCUUGAAGACAUCCGGAAAAUGCAGGCGCAUUUCACCGAUGAGCGGGACUGGAACCAAUUUCACCAGCCUCGUAACCUGCUCUUAGCUUUAGUUGGGGAAGUUGGCGAGGUGGCAGAAUUAUUCCAGUGGAAAGGAGAAGUGGCCGAGGGACUGCCCGAUUGGUCAGGCAAGGAAAAGGAGCAGCUGUCUCAUGAGCUUAGUGACGUCCUCAUCUAUCUGGUUGAGCUGGCAGAGAAGUGCCACGUUGACCUACCGCAAGCUGUCUUGGACAAGAUGGCUCUCAACAGGCAAAAAUAUCCCGCAAACAAAGUGCAAGGCUCGGCCAAAAAAUACACCGAGUACCAGGAAUGAAAAUGUGGUGUGUGGGAGUAAAGAGACCAACUCUUGGGAAGUCGGUUUUUGACCUGCUUAAAUGGAGGGACGCUGUGCUUUUAUCCCGUGUGAGCGGAAGGUCCACUCGUCUGUCUGUCUGUCUGUCUGUCUGUGCUCUGAGUGGGAACGGCCUCCAGCAGCACUUCCUUUUAUUCUAAUAGUUCAGAAAUGUUCAGUUCCACAAAUUUUUAUUAUAUAUAUUUUUACAAUUUUACUGAUGAGAAUAAUGCAGCGUCAGUUUUCAUAUCAGGGUUGAAUGUAACGGAUGAGGCGGAAACCUUUUAAGUAAGACCUCAACAUGUGUGGCAUUUAGCGAUGGUUUUGUUUUAUAAAUUCCAGUUCCCUUAGUUGCUCUUUGAGAGAGCUGGAGCUGCUCAAGCCUCGUGGAGCGUUUGUGUUGUUUUUAAAAACAAGAAAUCCUUAAAGUUGGAGGCGAGUCGAGUAAAAUGCAAGGCUAGAUAGUUAGAGCUGGCUCUUCUUUGCUGAGUGGCAUAUAUACAGAUGCAUGUGUCCAUGUUGUGUCCAUGUGUAUGUGUAGAUUAAAUGUUUACCUGCCCAGGUCGGCUGCUUAAA